AUGUCCCACUACGAUUCUGACGACGCUUAUCCCAAGUCGCCGGGCUUGCAGCCAAUAAAGAUCAAAUCGACUCCGUCGCCCUCUCCUCCACCAUUUCCUCCGCAGCACAGUGCGCCUGUGGUCACUCAAACUGUCAGUCCCACCACCUCUUCCUCCCGCAGAAGGAAACGAAAUAACCGGACCCGGCCGAGUCAGGGCGAUACCGUCCUCCUGAGCUUCCUAGAGCCCAACCGGCCGGACAUUGCCAGAGCCGCUGGGGAGAGGGCCCUCAACUCCGACUCCGACUCAGACGCGAGCGAGCCUGAGGACGAUCCACCACGCUCACCCAUGCAAACUGACGACAGGGUCCGUCUUGCCCAGGCCGCCAUCAAGUCACUAAACGGCGAUGGGCGCACUACCAAGCUCGCAUUGGCACGCCCCGUAGCUACUGUGACUGAAGUCAGGCCAGAGCACGACACCGACAUGGAUCGACAUUCGCCAAAAUCCAGGGUCGAUGACCAGCCGCCAUUCACGGGGCUUCCUACUCCUGACAACUUCCCAAAGGGUAGCGCAGACGGACCUACCCCGAGCAGUACGACCAGAACGGAUCACUCCCCAGCAACGUCGCCAAACUUGCGCGACUUGGCCAUUCCGGACUCGCAGGCCUCGCCCGACGAGAGGCUGCCGGCUCUACAGAAUCCGACCUCGCCGCAUCGGGACAGCACCGCGGGCUCCCCCAACCAGAGUCUGCCCUCGUUUCGUCACCUGAGUGAAAUAGCGGAGCAAGCAACUCAGGAGAACGAGCACCGGGCAAGCAUUGACCAUAGAGCAAGUUUCUCGCACCGGCCGUCAAUCUCAUCGACGGGCGCGCCAGCGCUUUCUCCAACGCUUGUCAGCCGCUUCCCACCCAACGGGAACUCACGCCGAUCUCCUCCGAGCCAGUUCCCGCCACUAAAUAAUCCUUUGUCGCCCGUGAACAGCCAUGCUGGCACUGACAUCAAGCUCUCGCCGCCGACUUAUUCACACUAUGCCGCCAGCCGCAGACACUCUUCUCUUUCGGAUACCAGCAAUACGACGUUUCCGCCGCCUUUGACUCUCAGCACCACAACGACCAAUGAAAGCUAUGGAUCACGCGGUUCUGACGCUUACGCCCACAGCCCGCCGACAAGGCCUCGAAGCGACUCUCACAGGAUGAGCAUCGAUGGCAUCACGCAUCCCAAUCCGGCUGCUCAGAUUCAGCAUGUGCCCCCGCACGGAAGUACUGGGUUCAAGUGUGACUACCCCGGUUGCAAUGCGCCACCUUUCCAGACGCAGUACUUGCUCAAUUCGCACGCCAAUGUGCAUUCGCAAGCGCGGCCGCAUUAUUGUCCGGUGCCGGGAUGUUCGCGCGGAGAGGGAGGCAAAGGCUUCAAGCGCAAAAACGAAAUGAUCCGGCACGGACUCGUGCACGAUUCGCCAGGCUACGUUUGUCCGUUUUGCCCGGAGAGAGACCAUAAAUACCCUCGGCCGGACAAUCUGCAACGACACGUCAGAGUUCACCACGUCGACAAGGACAAGGACGACCCACAGCUUCGAGAAGUGCUUGCCCAACGGCCGGAGGGGGGCGGCAGAGGAAGAAGACGGCGGAUUGGGUCGUGA